AUGAAGAAAUUCUUCCUUGUGUGGUUCAUAUGGCUCUAUGCCGUUAGUGCGCUCUAUGUUAAGCCCAAACUUGCCCUGGAAGACGAUUUCUACAUUGCUCCUGACAAUAUAGACGACUACUCAGAGGGAGACGUGAUCCGUCACCGGCCUGCUCCAGGAAUGAUUCGGUCCAUUUAUUACCCUAUUGAGAUUAAGAAUGCCUGGCAGUUCUUAGUGCGUUCCACCGAUUCUCGAGGAAAUGCCACGGCCAUUGUCACCACAGUUCUCGAACCAUUUGAUGCUGACCCCACCAAGUUGUUGUCCUACCAGUUUGCCGAAGAUUCGGCAUCGAUAGACUGCUCUCCCUCAUAUUCUAUUCUUUUUGGAGCCAAGAUGGAUACAGUGGUUCUUCAGGCAGAAAUGAUCCUAUUGACAACUGGAUUGUCGCGUGGAUGGUUCGUGGUUGCUCCAGACUAUGAAGGGCCCCAAGGUGCCUUCACGGCGGGUCGCCAGGCAGGUCAUGCCACGUUGGACUCAAUUCGUGCCGUUUUGAAUACUCAAAACAUCACUCGUAUUGAUCCCGAUGCUAAGGUUGCAAUGUGGGGAUAUUCUGGAGGAACUAUUGCAUCGGGAUGGGCUGCACAACUCCAGCCGAAAUAUGCACCAGAACUAAAAGAUAAUUUGAUCGGUGUAGCUGUUGGUGGCUGGGUCACCAAUAUCACAUUGACUGCGCAAGCUACUGACCAGACAAUUUUUGCCGGAUUGAUUCCAAACUGCAUCAAUGGAAUCAUUCUGGAAUUUCCAUAUUUGAAAGAUACCGUGUACAACUCCUUAAACGAAGAUAGAAGAGAUUGGUUUUUCCGGGCUAAAGACCAGUGUCUCUUGAAUUCUAUCUUCAAAUACGCAUUCCACAACUUCUUCAGUGGAUUGCAUCCAUACUUCAAAGAUGGGUGGUCAUUCUUCCAGAUGGAAGAAAUUAAAGAAAUUGUUGAUUAUAACACUUUGGCCUUGACCGAAGAUCAAGGGUACCCGGAGAUUCCUAUGUUUGUCUUCCAUAGCACUGCUGAUGAAGUUGUACCCUUCCCGGGUGCCCAGCGAGCCUAUGAGAACUACUGUGAUUGGGGAAUUGACUCACUUGAAUUUGCCGUUUCCAACUCUACUGGCCAUGUUCUUGAGGUUGUGGAGGGAAGUGGUGCAGCCAUAAAAUGGCUAUCCGAUCGUUUUGAAGGUAAAGACCCUGUCAAAGGCUGCAAGAAAACGGUUCGGAGAACUAAUUUAGAAUAUCCUGGAGCAGACUUGUCGUACUACCAGAUUGCAAGAACGCUUUAUACAUCAUUCAGUGGAGAAAUCGGGGUUUCAUACCCUAGAAACACAACUAGUACCGAAGCAUUUGACGAUAAGUAUGAAUGGGUAGUCGAGCAGCUUACGAAGAUUGGGCCAAUUCCUUUCAAGAAGCGUGCUGAUCAAUACUUGAUAGAAUAG